GUUUGUAAUGUGAGCUUCGAACAAUCAGCAAUAAAGCUCAGUUUCUGCAGUCAGAAUCUCGGACAAACUUGGAGCUUCUCUCCGAAGUCUGAUAAGCAGUAUGUCCAACAACAUGGCCAAGAUCGCAGAUGCCCGAAAGACAGUGGAACAGUUAAAACUGGAGGUUAACAUCGACAGGAUGAUGGUGUCUAAAGCAGCCGCUGAGCUGAUGUCAUUCUGUGAAUCUCACGCAAAAGAAGAUCCGCUCGUCGCUCCUAUACCCAACUCUGAAAACCCCUUUAGAGAGAAGAAGAUUUUCUGUUCCAUUUUGUAGUUUUUAACUCAACCACCUAAUUACUGUUCAUUUAAUUGUAUUUA